GCAAGCUGCUGUAGGGGUUCUUUAGCUUUCUCCGUCCUUUCGGCACCUCCAACCUCAAUCCUCACUAUGAAGGCUCUGAGCCCGGUGCGCGGCUGCUACGAGGCGGUGUGCUGUCUGUCUGAACGUAGUCUGGCCAUCGCGCGGGGCCGCGGGAAAGGCCCGGCGGCAGAGGAGCCGCUGAGCCUGCUCGACGACAUGAACCACUGCUACUCGCGUCUGCGGGAACUGGUGCCCGGAGUCCCGCGAGGCACUCAGCUUAGCCAGGUGGAAAUCCUGCAGCGCGUCAUCGACUACAUCCUCGACCUGCAGGUGGUCCUGGCGGAGCCCGCUCCUGGACCCCCAGACGGUCCGCAUCUUCCUAUCCAGACAGCCGAGCUCGCUCCUGAACUUGUGAUCUCCAACGACAAGAGGAGAUUCUGCCACUGACCUGGCCGUCCUGGCACCUCCAGAACGCAGGUGCUGGCGUCCGUUCCGCCUGGGAACCCGGGACCCUCUACGGCCGGAAGCCCGAGGGCAUGGAUGGGCCCCAACCUCGCCCUGCCCACUUGACUUCCCCAAACCCCUGCCUCGAGGCUGGACCUGGCGCCCGGGAGCGAAGGACUGUGAACUUGGGUGGCCUAAAGAGCCAGAGCUAGCCCUGGGCACCAGCUGGCAGCGUCACCCAGUCCCCACCCCACCCCCAAGUUUUAAAGACUUGUCUUGCAGAGUGUGGAGGUGUGGGGAGAAAUGGCUGUUCUCCAAAGUCAGCCAAGGCAGCAGUAGAGCUGGUCUUCUGGUCUCCUUGAAGAAAGGCUCUGUUGCCCUGAUUAUGAACUCUAUAAUAGAGUAUAUAGCUUUUGUACCUUUUUUGCAGGAAGGUGACUUUCUGUAACCAUGCGAUGUAUAUUAUUAAACUUUUUAUAAAAGUUAACAUUUUGCAUAAUAAACGGUUUUUAAACACC